GAUCUCGUUCUACAUACAUUUAGAUAUAUAUAUAUAUAUAUAUAUAUAAUAGCCAUUAGUUAUAAGAGAAAUGUUUAUUAAUUUUAUGAAGAAAGGUGUGAUGAAUAAUAGUAAGGUGUUUAUGUCAUCUGAUCAGUCUCUGCUAAUAGUAAUACUCUUGGUGGUCUGUUUGGUCAUAAAGUCGACGAUUGCAGAGGAAAAUAAUGGAAGAAAAUUAGGUGUAAAAGUGGGCGUGGUUGUUGACUAUGAGAGCUGGCUUGGGAAAAUGGGAUUGAGAAGCAUCGAUAUGGCUGUUUCGGAGUUCUAUGCUUCUCAUGCUGAUUACAGAACAAGGCUCCUUAUUCAUACGAGAGACUCCAACAAUGAUGAGAUUGGAGCUGCGGCUACAGCCUUAGAUCUGAUUAAAAAUGUACAAGUAGAAGCCAUUAUUGGACCGGUAAAGUCAACACAGGCAGCCUUCGUUGUUGAUCUCGGCGAAAAGGCUAAAGUCCCAGUAAUAUCAUAUUCAGCAACAUGCUCUUCUCUUAGCAUAAAAAGUUCUUAUUUUUUCCAAGUUACCCAAAAGCAAACAUCUCAAGCGGAAGCCAUAAGUUCGAUUGUUCAAGCUUAUGGAUGGAAACAAGUGGUGCCCAUAUACAUAAACAAUGGAUAUGGAGAAGGGCUUAUUCCUUUCCUCAACGACGCCCUACAAGAUGUCGGUUGUCGUAUGUCUUAUCGGAGUGUCAUUUCUUCUUCGGCUUCCCACGACCAAAUUCUCAAAGAGCUUUACAAGUUGAUGACUAUGCAAACUAGAGUCUUUGUCGUUCACACUAGUAUUUCAUUAGGCACUGAGAUCUUUACUAAAGCCAAGGAGAUUGGAAUGAUGGAACAAGGCUAUGUUUGGAUCGUGACGAAUGUGAUGUCCAACUUUCUGAGUUUGUUGCAUUCUGAUGUGAUUGACUCAAUGCAAGGUGUGAUAGGCAUAAAGACUUAUGUCCCGGGGACAAACAUGCUUAAAGGCUUUAAAGCCCGAUGGAAAAACAAGUUUCAGCAAAAUAAUAAUCCCACCACUCAUGACUUUGUUGGACUAAAUGUUUAUGGAUUAUGGGCUUAUGACUCUGUUCAAGCGCUAGCCAUUGCUGUUGAAAAUGUUUAUAAUAAUAGGAAGGAAACCUCUUCCUUGAGAAAUGUAACUGCUUUUUCAGCCAACUCUACUACUGGUUUCCAAAUUGGGGUCUCUCAAAAUGGUCCAAAACUUCACAAAGCACUAUCAGAAGUGAGAUUCAAGGGUUUAGCAGGAGGCUUCAGACUAGUGAAUGGGGAGUUACAAUCUAAAACUUUUGAGAUAAUCAACGUUGGCAAAAAAGUUAAAAGGGUUGGUUUUUGGAGACCUAAAAGUGGACUAGUGAAAAGUUUGGAGACAAAUACAAGUAGGAAUGAUACAGUUCUAGAAUCGGUGGUAUGGCCAGGAAAAUCUACUAUUGUUCCCAAGGGUUGGGAGGUUGCCACAAAUCGAAAAAAGUUGAGAAUAGGCGUACCCAAAAAAGAAUAUUUUAAAGAGUUUGUUGCGGUUAAACAUGAUUCGGCCACUAACAACUCAAUUGUCACUGGUUAUUGUAUAGAUGUUUUUGAAGCCGCUAUAAAAGCAUUGCCCUACAACGUUGAUUAUGAUUUCAUUCCAUUUGAAAACCCUAAUGGAAGUAGUGCUGGUACGUACGAAGAUUUGGUUGACCAAGUGUAUUAUAAGACAUUUGAUGCUGUGGUGGGGGAUACAACUAUUACAGCUAAGAGAUCCAAGUACGUAGACUUCACAUUGCCAUAUACAGAAUCUGGUGUCUCUAUGAUUGUGCCAUUAAGGGAUGGAAGGAGAAAAAAUGCAUGGGUUUUCGUGAAGCCUUUAACAAGAGAUCUCUGGGUGACAAGUGUUUGCUUUUUCAUCUUCAUAGGUUUUGUGGUUUGGGUUCUUGAACAUAGAAUAAAUGAUGAUUUUCGGGGCCCUCCUUCUUAUCAAAUCGGCACUACCUUUUGGUUCUCCUUCUCAACAAUAAUCUUUGCCCAUAAGGAGAGAGUUGUAAGCAACUUGGCAAGAUUCGUAGUGUUCAUAUGGAUUUUUGUGGUUCUAAUUCUGACUCAAAGUUACACAGCUAGUCUAACAUCUCUUCUUACAGUCCAACGACUCCAGCCAACAGUUACCGAUGUAGAACAACUCAUCAAGAACAAUGAGAGGGUUGGCUGCAAACGUGGCUCUUUUGUUCAUGGGGUUUUGCUGAAAAGUUUUGGUUUUAACGAGUCUCAGCUCCAGAUUUACAAGUCCGCUGAAGAAUGUGACGAACUAUUUUCUAAGAAAAAAGCUGAUGGAGGUAUAGCAGCUGCUUUUGAUGAAUAUCCUUAUAUGAAGUUAUUUUUUCCCAAAUAUUGCCACAAAUAUACUAUGGUGGAACCAAGAUUUAAAACAGCUGGAUUUGGCUUUGUGUUUCCAAAAGGGUCACCUCUCGUGUCUGAUGUUUCAACAGCAAUCCUAACUAUAACUGAGGAUAAGACUAUGAAUAGCAUAGAAUAUAAAUGGUUCGGAAGCCAAACCAGUUGUCCAGACCUUAACACACAAGUCUCUUCCAAUAGUCUUGGACUCGAAAGCUUCUGGGGCCUAUUUCUCAUCGUUGGCAUUGCUUCAUUCUCAUCUCUCAUGAUCUAUGUUGCCAUGUUUUUUUACCAGCACAGGAAAAUCUUACGCAGUUUUGACACUGAUCCUAAAGUGUCAAUAUGGAGAAGAAUUUGUAUAGUGAUGAGAGUAUUUAAUCAAAAAGACUCGAGUUCCUAUACUUUUGAAAAUAGUCUCUCUGGAUUUCGAGAUAAAAGAGCACAAGACAUGGUGGAUGUAGAUGUAGAUGUAGUUGAUGAUGAGGGCUCACCAAACUCUAGCAUUACAACAAGCCCGUCCCAAACCGCACAUAUAUGAAAUAUUAGCCUUUGCAUUCUCUCUCCUUGUGAGAAAGACACAUGAAACUCUAGACAUCUUACAUUCUAUAUGUUGUUGAACUAAGUGUUAGGUGUGGUGCCCUUAUAGCAUGAAACUCCUACAUUAUCUAGGAAGUAAAUAAAUGAUGUAACUAUGAUUUAUAUUAUUUGUUAAAUAACAUUAAUAAAUAUAAAAAAAAUAUGAAUCCAUUCAUGUAACUAUAAUUUUUGUUUUAUUGGUGGUGAGUGUGUACGAACUUUUUCGACAACAUUUAAAAUUAUGUAGAAGGUGUUGAUUUACAGUUUCAUGUUUCUUGCUCACUAUAGGAGAGAAGGCAAACCUUUCAUAUGUGUAGGUUGAACUGAUGUGUAA